AUGCUGCAGAGCAUCCUGGCUCUCGGAGCGCUGCUCGCCCCGCACCCGGUGCUACGGAGCCGCCGAAUCGCAGUCGGGAUGAACGAGGCAUCGCAAGUACCGCCGUCGCCUGUCGUCUCAGUCGUCCUGCCGGAAGGCAAGGCUGCUGGUGACCUUCUGCUCAUUCAGCCUCCACGCGGAGCCCAGUGCCAGGUAGUUGUGCCGGAAGGCGUCGCGCCGGGCCAGAGCUUCUCCGUGCAGCUCCCUGCCACGGUGAGCGCCGCGCGGCGUGUGCGCGCAAAGUAUGGGGACGACGCGGCGGGUUUUGUUGACCUGAGUGACUCGGGCGAGCGGGCCAAGCUGUCCCGCCUCGAGAGCGACCUCGCGCAAUUCAAAGCUGAGCGUGGGCUGGCCGACAGGAGGCUGGCUGGCGGCGCCGCGGCUGAGCUGCAGGAGGAGGAGGAGGCGACGCCGCUCGCGCGCGUCAUCAACACCCUCGGCACUGUGCUCACCUUCAACUUUUUCGUCAUCAUCCUGUUCUUUGCCUGGUUCCUCACCGGCGUCGGACUCCAGUUUGGCGCGCACGACGAGGCGGUGAUGAACACGUUUCGUACCGCGUGGGACCCGCUCAUCCUGCCUCUCCUCUCGACGCACAUGGCCCUCACCUUCCUCUCGGCGGGGCUCGAGAGGCUAGCCAAGCCGGCGGAGGAAGGGUAGACGGCAACGGGGGAGCGCCGCCUGUGCGCGAGAGGCACCGCCACCGGCACGGCUCGACACCGUGCUCUUUAGAAUUCACUCGCUCUCUCUCCGAUGUCGCGGAAGCGCGGCGAGUUCGUCUCUUUAAGAUAGUCGUCUUUUGUAUCUCAGUCUUGACAACGCAAGACUGAGGGCAAGUCGC